AUGCGUCCAUCAGUAACAAAAAGAAUUCCUUCUAAAGUGACAGAACUUCCAAAAGAAUUGCCAAGAGUUAGUAUUUUAUGCAUUUAACUUGAUUUUAAUAAUACAAUUUUUGAUACAUUUAAUAAAUAAUUAAUAAUCAUCUGUUACUUAUAAUUAGCAUAUAAGUUUCUUAAAGAGCCGAGUGGAUCUAGGUGGUGGUGACAUGGAUUGGUUAAGAGGAAAGAUUCUCUUAAAACCAGAAGAUCAAUUACAGUUAUCAGAAGCAGUAUGUGCACUUUUUCAUUAUUAAAACAUUAUAUAUUUCAACUAUCAAUUUUUUAAAAAGUUUGUAAUUCUCUGAAAAUAAAAUUUUUAGGAAUUGCAAGAAGAGAUUGCAAGAGUUCUGACUAUACAUAACACAAGAAUUCCAGAUUCUUUAGUGGAGUGGUCAUGGAAAUUAAAAAAUUUCAUACUAUUACCUCCUCCGCCACAUUUAAUAACUGUUCUAAGUAUACCUGGAUCAUUAUUGCACAAAGAUUCUGAAGAAGCUAAAAUACAAUUAGCAGGAGGACUUGUUGAAGUGGAAGAUCAUAAAGAACCAGAACAUGAACACGAACAUGAAGAUGAGGAAGAGAUAGAAAAAGUAAAACCAAAAAAAAUACCAAAUCAGUUUAAUUUUUGUGAAAGGGCUGCCUUAACAUAUACUAAUCCUAUGAGAGAAGACUUUGCUCAACAACAACGUGAAAAAGAAAAAGAAAGAAGACUUCCAAUUCUACAACUCAAAAAGGAAGAUGUGAAGAAAAAAGCUCAAAUAGAAUCUACAGCAUUAACAUAUAGAAUGUUACAAGCUGCAAAGACAUUGGAACGAAUGGUAAAUCAAAAUAUUUUUGAUGAAAUAGCUCAAGACUAUAGAUAUUGGGAUGAUCCAAGUGAUGAAUUUAAAGUUGGAGAAGGUUCAUUAUUACCUUUAUGGAAAUUUAAUUAUGAAAAAACCAAAAAACAUGAUGUUACAGAUUUAUGCUUCAAUAGUAGAUACUAUGAUUUAUUUGCAGUUUCAUAUGGAACAAUGUCGUUUAGUAGUUUGAUAACAAAUGGAACAGUAUGUUUAUUUAGUUUAAAAAAUCCAUCAUAUCCAGAAUGGAUCUGUCCAACAGAAUCUCCAGUAAUGUGUUUGGAUUUUAAUGAACGACAUCCACAUCUUUUAGUUAUUGGUACUAUGGAUGGUGCUGUUGCUGUUUAUAAUAUUAUGUUGCCACCAACAACUCCUCAAUAUAGAAGCAAUGAUGUUGUUCAAAAACAUGGAGGUAUUGUGUGGGAGAUACAUUGGGCACCAGACACAGAGGAAGGUAAUUUAGCAUUCUACAGCGUUAGCAUUGAUGGAAAAAUAAAUUAUUGGAUAUUAAGUGAAAAUGACCUUGCAUUAACAACUGUGAUAACCCUUUUUCUGGAUAGACCACCAAUACCUGGACCAGAUGGUACUAUGAUUACACUUAAAGCAUAUAGUAGUGUUUAUAUGAGAACUUAUAAUGAAGCACACAAUAUGCCAGUCUAUCGGAUAGUAUUUAAUAAAUUUAAUUCUAACAUAUUUGCAAGUUGUUCUGGUGAUUGGAGAAUAAAAAUAUGGGAAGAUGAUAGGAUGGAACCCCUUUUUAUGUUUGAUCUUGGUGUUCCUAUUGGAGAUGUUCAAUGGGCACCAUAUAGUUCAACAGUAUUAGCUUGUGUUUCAAACGAUGGAAAAGUUACAGUGUUUGAUUUAAAUAUAAAUAAAUACAGACCAAUAUGCAGCCAACAAAUUGUUAGUAGAAAAAAAUAUAAACUAACUAGACUUGCAUUUAACAAUAAAUUACCAUUUAUUAUAGUAGGUGAUGAUAAAGGUACAGUAAAUACAUUAAAAUUGUCACCAAACCUCAGAUUAAAAGUAAAGCCAACCAAAAAGCAACUUCAUUUGACACAUAGAGAAUUAGAAAUUAUGAAAUUAGAAAGAUUGUUAAGUUUUGUACGUGAACCAGCUAUUUUACCACCAUCAAAGGAUACAAGGAUAGAAACCUAA